GCACCAUCCGCACGCACACUCUCACACGAAUUUUCUUAGGUGGUAAAAAACGGAGCGAAAACUGAGAAUUUCCAAACGCAUUGCACGCUAGCGGUCACAUAGCCUGCGAAAUAGCUGUCACUGCAACGUCGCAGCAGCAGUUUUCCACACGCUCCCGGCCAGAAGGAAAUGAGCGCGCCGAGCAACAAAAUGUCGGCCACCGAUCAGAUGCGAGCAAUGUUGGACCAGCUAAUGGGCACGACUCGGAAUGGCGACGAGCGCCAGCUGAAGUUCUCGGACACCAGGGUCUGCAAGUCUUUUCUGCUCGACUGCUGUCCGCACGACAUCCUGGCGUCCACGCGCAUGGAUCUCGGUGAGUGUCCCAAAGUGCAUGACCUGGCUUUCCGCGCAGAUUACGAGAGUGCCGCCAAGACGCGCGACUACUACUACGACAUCGAGGCCAUGGAGCACCUGCAGGCCUUUAUCGCCGACUGUGACCGGCGGACGGACUCCGCGAAGCAGCGCCUGAAGGAGACGCAGGAGGAGUUGACCGCCGAGGUGGCCGAAAAGGCCAACGCCGUCCACGGCCUGGCCGAGGAGAUUGGCAAAAAGCUGGCCAAGGCUGAGGCCCUCGGCGAGGCUGGCGAGGUCGAGGACAGCAUGGAACUGAUGAAGGAAAUCGACGAGCUGCGCGGCAAGAAGAUCAAGGCCGAGCACGAGUACCGCACAUCUAUGCCCGCAUCAACGUACCAGCAGCAGAAGCUGCGCGUCUGCGAAGUCUGCUCCGCUUACCUGGGCAUCCACGACAACGACAUCCGGCUGGCGGACCACUUUGGUGGUAAGUUGCACCUUGGCUUCCUCACCAUCCGCGAAAAGCUGAUCGAGCUGGAGAAGACGGCGGCGCCGCGCAAGGCGGAGCUCAAGCGGACGGGUAAGAUGACGGACCGCGACGACGAGGGCCGCGGCCGCAAUCGCUACUUUGUAGGUGGCCGCGAACUGGACCGUCGCUCCCGCGUGCAUCGCUCCCGCUCGAGGGAACGCCAGCGGAACCGGGAGGCGGAGCGCGAGCGACCCAACAACGGUCGCGGGCCGGAGGAUAAGGGCGGCGAGCGGCCCAAGGAUGCGGCGGACGGGGCUGAACGUGCUGAUCGAGCCGGAGAACGUGGAGGACGACGCGAUGACAGGGACAACCAUGGCCGGGAUCAUCGCGAACGGGAGCGGGAUGGCAGGCGCGAUCGGGACCGCCAUGGGCGCAACGACAGAGGACGCUUCGGCGACAGAGGUGGUGGUGGAGGAGGAGGCGGCGGCCAUCAUCGCGACGAGAGACGCCGAUCACGCUCCCGGGAACGCUCGCCACGCGAACGCCGCAACUUCAACCACUUCCGCGAUGGCGGCGGUGGCGGGGGAAACGGCCAGCGCCGACGUUCCUACUCCCGAGAGCGCUACUCCCGCCGCUAGGAAUCCCGCCCAGCGCACGUACGUAGCAUUAAUCACAUCAACUACAACUACAGAGCCACCACAAAUUGAACUACUGAAAACAACAGCAACCGAAUAUUCAUAGACUAAUCAAUAAAGCGACCUAGAGCCACACACUCGACGCUCCACUGUGCAGAGAUAACAACAUUUGUACAUUUUAAAUAAUUUCUAUUUUUUAUCCUGCGUUCCAACCUCUGAAGACCGAAUAAAGCCAAAAAAAAAUAUACGCUGUUGCCACCCCAAAUCCAGCCCAACUCUGAAACCCAAACCCAAGAAAAACUUGUAAGAGAUACGAUAUACUCGAUAUGAUACGAUUGAAAUUGAAUAGUCCCCCGUCCAGUCCAGAGUAUUUGGCACGUAGAGAUACCCAAUUGAGAGUAGUCAACCCAACGAACCCGCAGUGUUGCCAAUUGUAGUUCAGUUCAUAGUAAUUCGGUUAGGACACAGCGACUGUUAAGCUAAAGAAAUCUAAAUUAUCGAGACGCGCAGAGAACCAUUAACAUUUGAUAUUUUGUGUUGUCUGUUGUAUAGCUAGCUGCAUGUUGGUAACACUGACUGAAACCCAACAAAACCCAACCAUGACUCUUCUCAGCUAGCGAUCACGUUCUCCCAGGCGAAGUCAACGUGUGUUGUGCAUCGCUGUCGUCCCGGUUUGGGGUAAGCCUCCACGAUAUUAACUCUGACACUCUAUCACUGCUCUGAUCUGAUUUGUUUUGAUUUGAUUUGAUAUGAUUUGAUUUGAUUUGUAACCCUAAAGCGUUCUCUACUUGAAGUUCGACACUUUCGCAGCCGCUUAACGCUCUCGCACAUCUUCGGUACGUAUUGAGUAUGGCGAGGUGACUAUAUCCUUUAUACCACACCAAUGUUAGUUGUUUUGGCAGAUAUGUAUGCGUAUAACAUAGAUAAUCCAGUUAUUAUAGCUUGGGUACGUAUCCAUUCCGCUCGACGUUUCCUUUCGAAUCGUCCUCGGAGAGUGUCCCUUAUAUACUCGUUUCUGGGUACGUAUUAAUGUUAGAAGAUCACGGUUCUGUGGUACGUAUGCAUAUAACGACUUUGAUAAUUCACCGUGAGCAGACCAGGCUUUGUAGGGUUCUCGGCGGUCCAGAUCCCAACGUACGUAUUCCUCCUCCUCUCUCUCUCUCUUUCUCUCGAAAACCAAUAACUAAAAAUACACCUCCAAAAACCAAAUAAAAAUAUUAAUCCGUAGCUGUUUAGAGGCAAACGAAAUCCGUUGCUAACUAAAUCUCUGUUUAUCUCGCCAAAUGGUGUUUAAGCCACAGAAUACAGAAUCGAUGCUGCCGCGGGGGCUCAGAUCAGUACAGUACAAGCCUAUAUGUGAGUAUUCGGGCCACUUAUCUCUGAUUAAAAUCAAGCAAAUACUAAAUUUAAUCAUCAAAGACGGCUGCAGUCCCGUUCUUGGUUCGUUUCUUUCGGCAGCCGAGGAUUUAUAGUGGGAGUAUGAGAGCAGUGUAAAGAGUUGUUUGUGUUUGGCCCUAACAGUGGGUAAGAAUCGAUCGAAAAAUCCAACUGAUUUUAUAUCUACCUAUAUAUGUAUCUAACAAUAUCUAUUGUUUUUAUCUACUCCUAAGUCGACACACUGUUCUACACACUUUUAAGUUAUAUAACAAACACAACACACUCAAUUAAGCUCUAAAUUAAAACUAAUCUUUAUUGAUCUAAGCGGAAUGUAAUAAAAUUGCACUUGAAUUAUAACAGACCACA